AUGUACAACGGUAUCGGUCUGCAAACCGCUCGUGGGACGGGCACAAAUGGCUAUGUUCAAGCCAACUUAUCGCAUAUGCUUCUUUCGAGGAAGAAAAUCGAAUACAAUGCUGAUGCGGAUAUGGCUAGAAAUGAGGCUCAAAUCAAUAAAAAGCCAAAUGAAGAUCUUAUCGAUCACAGCCGUAAACGAGCAAUCGAACUGAAAUGCACAGAAUUCGAGAUGCUUAUGGAAAACAAGGGUUUCGAUUCGGAUGAAAUUGAGAAGAAAGUCAACGACUAUCGAAAAGUUCUCCUCUCACAACUUGAAAAUGGCGAGUUGAAUGUUGAUGAUGAGCUUGACAGCAAAAAUACGCACGUCAAGGCUAUGAACGCAAAGGAUGAACGCGAUCGUUUUCGUAUGGCUUUUGGCAUCAAAGACGACUUUAUUCCUGGCAGCAGCAUGCAGAACAUGAAUCCGGCCAAAACGGAUCUAGAAGCGGUUGUACAAAGCGAUGACAAAACAACCCUGCUCAAUCUGAAAGCAAAAAAGAAAGAAGAGCGUCGCUUGAAGAAAAAGGCCAAAAAGGAAAAGAGAAAGGCAAAGAGGCAAGCCAGAAAAGCCAAACGAGACGCUAAAAAACGUAAACGAGAGAAAUCGCUGAGCCCAAGUUCCGACUCGGGAUCAGAUUCUGAAAGUUCAAGCGGCUCUGAUUCUUCUGAUGACAAUUCCGACGACAAACCAAGGAAGAAAAGACAAAAAGUGAGGAAAGAAGUCAAAGAGGAGGUCGAAUCGGACCAUGAAGCUGACGCUAGAAAUACAAGGAAACAGGACAAUGAUCAACGAGACCGCAGUGGAAGUCCAAAAGGAACAGAAACCCGUAAACGAAACCGAAGUCCCCAACGUGACGACAAUCGACAAUCAAAUCAAAGUCUCGAAAGGCGUCGUCGAGGUCGUGAUGAGAGUCCAAAACACAGUGAUAAUCGGAAUCAAACAGCAACUCGACGCCGCGAAGUGAGCAAAAGCCCAAAACAUCGUAAUGAGCGUGACCGAAGUGAAAGCCCUCGUCGACCGAGUCCUAAACGUCGAGAUGAACGGGAGAAAUCUCCGCGGCGUCGUGAAGUGAGCAAGAGUCCGAAGCGUCACGAUAAACGAGAACAGUCUCCACAGCGGCGCGAUAGACGUGAUCGAAGUGGCAGUCCUCCUCGACGUGAUCGAAGUGGCAGUCCUCCUCGACGUGAUCGAAGUGGCAGUCCUCCUCGACGUGAUCGAAGUGGCAGUCCUCCUCGACCUGAUCGAAGUGGCAGUCCUCCUCGACGUGAUCGAAGUGGCAGUCCUCCUCGACCUGAUCGAAGUGGCAGUCCUCCUCGACGUGAUGUCAGUCCUCGCCGACUCUCCAGAGAUGAUCGAAGUCCUCGAAGACGAGAUGGCAGACGCGAACGUCGUGAUGACGAUGAUCGACGUGCUUCGCGUCGUCAUGAUGAUGACCGACGAGAAUCACGACGUAAUGAUGAUCGCCGAGAAUCACGACGUGAUGAUGAUCGCCGAGAAGCGCAUCGAAGUCCGAUUCGCCGUGGAGGCUAUCGCGAGUCACACCGAAGCCCAGUUCAGCGUCGCCGACAUGAUUCAAGAGACAGAGCCAGAAGUCGCUCACCCGUCAGACGCUCUUCACCAGCACGCCGUGAUCGCCGUGAUCGAGAUCAAAAGGAACGAAGAGUUUCUCGAAGUCCUCGACGUGAGGAACCAAAAGAAAAGGCAAGGGCUAAACGUAGUCCAGAAAAAAGGAGACGUUCUCGUUCAUCAUCAUCGUCCGGCAGUGGAUCAGGCUCCGAUUCCGAUUCCAGCGGUUCAUCCAGCUCCAGCUCUGCGUCUCGAUCAGCAAGAAGUUCAAGCAAUGAAAGUGCGAAAGUCAAGGUUGAGCCGGAUUCCGAU